AAAUGGGCAAUUUUAGAACUGGCAAUUGUAGGCCAAGAGCUCCCUCUAGUGGUAAUUAUUUGGUGUUGCACCUUGACGUGUGAGAGGCGCUUCGUGUGAACAAAGGGCUUGACUCGGCUUAGUACCCAUCCUGUUCAGAACCUCCAGACAGUUCUGACAUGAAUCCAUCAUAGGCCUGCUCCUGGAACACAGGGGCAGUAAUGUUUCGUUGUUUUUCAAAGAGGAGAUCUUUGUCCUCUGAUGGCGGAAGCGACGUACUGGUUCUCUCCUGUCUGUGUGUUGCAGGUGAGGUUGCCGUGUGAGUGAAGAUGGAGUACGCUAUGAAAUCUCUCAGCCUCCUUUCCACCAAGUCCCUCUCCAGGUGUGUCUCUGCCAGCGCGUCCAUGACCCAGCAGCUGCUCGCAGGCCCGGCGGCUCGGCCCAGGCCCUUCCGGGUUGCCAGCGCCGACCGCAGUGUGAAGAAAGGCAUCAUGGCAGAUGGGCUGCGGGACCUCCUGGACAAGGUGAGAGAUGCCCUGCACAUGCCCUGCGUGAGCGCGCUGGUGCUGGAUGAGGAUGGGACAGUGGUGGACACAGAGGAAUUCUUCCAGACUCUAGAUGACAACACCGUGUUCAUGGCCCUGGAUAAGGGGGAGAAGUGGACACCUGCACAGAGUGGUCACACCCGGCUGCAGCUCUCAGACCGCCCCAAGCGCAGGAAAGAUGUGGCGCGUAUCACCUUUGACCUCUACAAGUCAAACCCACGCGAUUUCAUUGGCUGCCUGAACGUGAAGGCCACUCUGUAUGGGAUGUACUCGAUCUCCUAUGACCUGCGCUGCCAUGGGGCCAAGAAGAUGUUGAAAGAGGCCCUCAGAUGGACGCUCUUCGUCAUGCAGGCCACAGGACAUGUCCUGCUGGGCACCUCUUGUUACAUGCAGCAGCUACUGGAUGAGGAGGAAAUAGAGGCUGUAUCUAAGGAGCCUGUUGCCCCGCCCAAGCAUGUGCAGACCAUCCAAUGGAGGAAGACAGGGGUGUGACCUCAGAGGAGUGCGCAGACAUACACAUGGGAUUGAAUGCAGUGACUUGGGGGUGGAGCUCCGUUGAGGAAUCCUGUUACCAGGCAACACAAUGCAGCUCUGUCCUGAUGAAGGAUGAUGUCACAGACUUGCUGUUGGGAACCUGGGGCUUGUGUUUCAGUACCAGACUAGCUUCAUACUUCAAUGCUGUGUAUUUAUUUCUGCCUUCCUUGUCUGUAGUGUGUAGGGUGUUUUUGCAUGAAUGUGCAGUUUGGGGCAGAGAUAGUGUAGAAGGUGUGUGUUUGGGGGGUGUUUAACAGAAUUAGGAAUUUUGACAAAUUCCUGGUACCAUUUAUUUGCUUGUUGUAUUCAGAAAUUGAGCCUCAAGCUUAAUUUCAUAUACAUAGAUUUUUGUCUCUAGUAUAUUUUAUUUGGUGGUAUCUGUUUAUGAAUUAAGAUGUUGCACCUGCAGCAGUGCUGUUUAAUUAAUGAAGAAAACGUCCAGCUGUAUAUAUAUUUAUAUUAAUCUGAUUGUUCUCAGAACUCACUGCAUGGCAUCUGUAGCUGUCCUCAGCUGGCGAUUUACACUCUUUCACAAGAAAGCUCUUUCCUGCCUCUGUACUGUGUGGGUUUGUGUCCUGGCAGCUGAUUUAUGUCUUUCCAAAAUGUGGGCUACUCUGCAGAUGUGAGACUUAUGUUUUAUCACUUUGGUCUUAAUAGUUCUGAGGACAGCAGUUUAAACUCCCAUUGCCCAGCAGUUGGAGCUGCUCCAGGUUUUGCUCCUUGUGGUUUCCUUUGCCAAAGAGUGUUUCAUGCUUGAUCUAAUGAUAAAACGAAAAUAAUAAAAUAGAAAUAUGGAUUACUUUGUAAUACGUAGAGGGUAAUUCCACUGUAAAAAGACAGUAAAAACAGUGUUAUACAUGAAUAAAGCUCCACAGCAGGAAUUUAUCUUUCUGCUUUUCAGUGUGGAAAGCUGUGAACCCUCUACUUGUUCCUUUGCUGCCAACCCUCCCCACUCGAAUACCUUCUCUGUCAUUACAGUGUGUCCAGCUGCACGCAGCCAGGGGACAGAGCACUGUCUGAGCUUCAGCUGGGGAGCAGCCUGCCUGUGAUUGCUUUGCGGAUGCAGCCCUGUGCCUUUAGGGGGUUCGGUCUGUUCUCCUUUUCCAGUGUCUGGUGGUGGUUUUCACUGCGAUGUGUCGCUCAGCGCUCACUCACAGUCACAGCAGAGCUUCCCAGUCCAACACGCACCCUCACAUCCGUUUCUUCCCCACAUCAUGGAGAUGCACAGAGCGCUCGUGGUCUUGCAGGGAGUCCGCAGUGCCACACAGCAGCUGGAGUAGCGAGGGGAGAAGAAAGGGGGGCACAUUUAAAGACUGCAGUUCAGAGCUUGUAGUUUUCAUUUUUACAUGGAAAACAAAUGAAGAUCCUUUAUCCUGUUUAUGACUUUUAUUUAUGUUUUUUAUAACGAUUACGGUCAGUGGAGCCCUUCUGCAUUUAAGCUAAACUGCUCUGCUUGAGAGGAUCCGAGCAUCAUGCAGGUUCUGAAGGAGCUAACACUUUCGCACAGAAAGAGACUUUGAAUUGUGAUGGUCAUACACCUGCUGUGGUGGCAUGAAAUGGGACAGUUCCACUGUGUUGUUGAUGAAGCAGUCUGACACGGAAGGGCUCUAGUGGUGCAGGGCUGCUGUGCAAAGUCUUAGAGAGCCCUGUCCUCCAGUCUGCACAUAAAGCUGCUCAAUGAGGGCAGGAGAGUUUGCAUUCCUACUGUUGGGGUAUCUAGGACAAGGAUAGGGCUCAUGUCAAAGUGUAAAAACUUUUAUCCUGCCCUGGUGUGUGUCACUGAUCUGCCUGAUGUUUCUUUUGGCCCGGUAGUGGAGUAUGUUGGGCUUCAGUCUCUGUGUUGCAGUUGGUGGUUGCGUGUGUGGAGGGCUGGGACUGGAAGGCAUUGCAAGAGCAGCCUCCUCAACAGGAAUCCUAAUGCAUAAGCUAACCAGAAGUUUUGUCAGUAGGAUAAAUAUAAAAAAAUAACUGUUUAUAGAUAAGCAAUGGGUGUUUUAAGUAUAGUUGUGCGAGAUGAGCUGAAUUGCAGAAUGUGGAAAGCAUGAUAUACACCUGAUCUGUCUCAGGCAGACCAUGAUUUAAUAAAUGGUCAAUCCAUUAAUGAAAAUAUAAUGAAUAUGCGAGCUGGAGAGUAGAGAAGCUCUAUUCCUCUUCCCUGGAGAGCACAGCACUGCAGGCUGUAUAGGGUCCUGAAACUCCUCUGAAUCCAGUAUAAAAGCGUUAGGUUGAUAAAUGAUUUAGUUCAGUGGUUAAAGGUCUAAAAGGCAACAUUUAUACAAGCUUAAAUUUAUAAAUAUAUUGGCAACUCAAUGCUGAAGCAUGCUUUCAGAUUUAUAAUGUAAAAAUGUACAUCUCUCAUGGACUUUUUGCAUAAUGGCUCACAAUACAGUGAUCAGGAUGUCACUAACUCUGGUGUCCAGCAGCUUAAAUUCCUGCAUUUGCAGAGCAAAUCUCCUGUCCUCUAUCAGUUGCCUGCAGGAGUCCAAGGUCUGGCGUCUGUGAUAUAAUCUGGCUAAUGCUGAAAGCCAUGUUGCAGCACUCUUUGAGGCAUGCAUAUGUUCGUAUGUACAGAUGGGGAAACCCCACGCCUCAGGGCGUGGAACAGUCUUCUAUUUACUGCCUUAAUGCCAGAGAUCGUUUAAUGUUCCUUUGUGCACGUGAUAGCUUUAAUGGAUACCAGGAAGCCCGAUGCCCUGUGCUGGCAGUACUGUCAUAGCUUUAGAGGUGUGGGUGUCAGCCUGUGUUGGGCAGGGGACCCAGAGUGUCUGCUCUCUGAAUGAGCUGCUCCUCUUUUAUUUAAUGUCUUUCUCACUCCUUUAGUUGUGUUAUAGCUACAGUAUGCCUGUAAACCUUAAAGUAAAAUUAUAAUGUCCUGUUACAAUUUGUACUGCAAUAAAAAUACAUGUAAAUUCAA